GUGUUGAUCAAUGCAUCCAGAAAUUUCUGGAUGUUGCAAGACAAACUGAAUGCUUUUUUUUACAAAAAAGACUGCAACUGUCGGUUCAGAAACCAGAGCAAGUAAUUAAAGAGGACGUUUCAGAACUAAGAAAUGAACUGCAGAGAAAAGAGGCGUUAAUUCAGAAGCAUCUGGGCAAGCUGCGGCACUGGCAGCAGGUCCUGGAAGACAUCAGCGUGCAGCACAAGAAGCCCGCGGAAGUGCCGCAGGGCCCCUUAGCUUACCUCGAACAAGCGUCUGCCAAUAUUCCUGCUCCAAUGAAGCAAACAUGA